GCUUGCCCGCUUUUGCUCUCUCCCUCCCGGCUCUCGGCUUCUUCUACACGCUACCGUCUCACAGCCGUAAACGCCCCUCCCGGAUCCCGCUAGUUCGCCACCGCCGCCCGCCCGCCCGCCGUUCGCCUCAUCAUGGCCGCCUCGUCGACCGCCACCUCCGUCCACGACUUCAUCGUCAAGGAUGCGAGCGGCAAAGACGUUGACCUCAGCACCUACAAGGGGAAGGUUCUUCUCAUUGUUAACGUCGCAUCCCAGUGUGGCUUAACCAACUCCAACUACACUGAGCUGGCCCAGCUCUAUGAGAAGUACAAGGACCAAGGCUUUGAAAUCCUGGCUUUCCCAUGCAACCAGUUUGGUGGGCAGGAGCCUGGUACCAAUGAGGAGAUUGUCCAGUUUGCCUGCACACGCUUCAAGGCUGAGUACCCCAUCUUCGACAAGGUUGAUGUCAACGGUAGCAAUGCUGCGCCCAUCUACAAGUUCUUGAAAUCUAGCAAAGGUGGCCUUUUCGGCGACAGCAUCAAGUGGAACUUUUCCAAGUUCUUGGUUGACAAGGAGGGACGUGUUGUGGAUCGCUAUGCUCCAACCACUUCACCCCUGAGCAUUGAGAAGGAUAUCAAGAAGCUGCUUGGGAGCUCUUAAUCAGUAUCUGGGUGCAAAGCUGUAGAAAAACAUGUAUCAACAAUGCCCUGAGCGAUAAAAUAUAUGAUAAGUUGUAUUAAUAAAGUAUUGUCGUACUUGAGAGGUUGCAGUAUCUGCUCUAUUUCCCUUGCAUACACUCCGUACUUGUAUAUCCCCUUCGGAGCUGAUUUGGUGACCCGGGAUCCCAGGAGGAUCGGAGGGGAUUGAGAAGGAAAUUAGUUGAUUUCCCCCUUAAUCCCCUUCAAUCCUCCCGGGAUCCCCUUGUCACCAAAUCAGCCCUCGAAUGAAUUCCAAUGCUGUAUCAGUUUGCU